AUGUCUGCUCACAAGCCCAAGGCUUUGGACGGCUCUUUCAUGCUGGCAUUUGGAACUGGCUCAACGUGGCGAAAGGAGGAUUCCGAGGCCCUCAACACUGGACUUAUCGAGAUUGUGAAGGAGGCUCUUCAGUUGGGGUAUCGUCACCUUGACACGGCCGAGCUAUAUAACACGGAGAGGGAAGUCGGAGAGGCGAUAAAGCAAUCGGGCGUCCCGGUCUCAGAGAUCUACAUCACUGGGAAAGUCUUCACGAUGUCGGACGUCCAAGGGGCAUUUGAUCGCACUUUGCAACGACUAGGCGUUGAUUAUGUCGACUUGUACCUGCUUCAUCACCCUUACUUUGCCAAAUCCAACGCGGAUCUUCAGGGAGCGUGGACCGAGCUCGAGACCAUCUAUGAUUCCGGCAAAGUCGGCGCCAUCGGCGUCUCGAACUUUACUGAAGACCACAUCAGGACAAUAUUGGAAACUGCACGAAUAAGGCCAGCGUGCAAUCAGAUCGAAUUGAAUCCAUAUCUACAACGAACCCAACUGCAGCAAUACCACAAGAAACAAGGAAUACAAACGUUUGCCUUCUCACCCUUAUCGCCAAUUGUUAGAGCGAGUCCAGGUCCACUUGAUAGUGACUUGGAGUCGAUCGCAAAGAAACAUGGAAUCAGCACCGCUGUUGCUUUGAUACGAUGGGCGUUACAGCAAGGCAUUGCGGUGGCGACAACUUCAACUGACAAGGCUCGUAUGAAAGAUCAUCUGCUCGCUCUGGAUGUGUCACUACUAGAGAAAGAAGUAGCAUUGAUCAGUAGAUUUGGUGCGGAGAAACAUUUCAGGGGUCGUUGGAACGAUAAAUUUGCUCCAGACGAUAGAAGCUGA